CGGCCGCCUUCCCCGACGGCCUCCCCGCCGCCGCCGCAGCCGAAAGCCCCGAGGGGCGUUGACGGCCCCGCCGGGACCGCCCGCGAUCGGCCUCGGGAGGAGAAGGCGACAGCAGCUGCAGCCCCUGGCCGCCCCCCGUCGACCCCGGGUGGGACCGGGGCCACCGCGGAGAAGGCGCCGCCGCCGCCUACCCUCUAUGUGCAGCUCCACGGAGAGACCACCCGGCGCCUGGAGGCGGACGAGAAGCCAUUGCAGAUCCAAAAUGACUACCUCUUCCAGCUGGGGUUUGGGGAGCUGUGGAGGGUGCAGGAGGAAGGCAUGGACUCGGAGAUCGGCUGCCUCAUCCGCUUCUAUGCAGGAAAACCUCACAGCACCGGUAGCUCUGAACGGAUUCAGCUCUCAGGAAUGUAUAAUGUCCGUAAAGGCAAAAUGCAGUUGCCAGUGAACCGUUGGACCAGACGCCAAGUCAUCCUGUGUGGGACCUGCCUAAUAGUAUCAUCUGUGAAAGACAGCUUGACCGGAAAGAUGCACGUUCUGCCAUUAAUUGGUGGAAAAGUAGAAGAAGUGAAAAAGCACCAGCACUGUUUAGCAUUUAGCUCCUCUGGACCCCAAAGCCAGACAUACUACAUUUGUUUUGAUACGUUCACGGAGUAUUUAAGGUGGCUUCGACAAGUCUCCAAGGUUGCGUCACAGCGUAUUAGCUCAGUGGACCUCUCGUGUUGUAGCCUGGAACAUCUGCCUGCCAACCUCUUCUACAGCCAAGACCUCACUCAUCUCAAUUUAAAACAAAACUUCCUAAGGCAAAAUCCCAGCCUACCAACUGCCAGGGGGCUCAAUGAGCUACAAAGGUUCACCAAAUUGAAGAGUCUUAACCUUUCCAAUAAUCAUUUAGGGGACUUUCCAUUAGCAGUCUGCAAUAUUCCAACCCUGACGGAACUGAAUGUGUCCUGCAACGCCCUUCGAGCAGUCCCAGCGGCUGUCCGAGUUAUGCACAACUUACAGACAUUUUUGUUGGAUGGAAACUUUCUCCAGGCCCUUCCUGCUGAGUUGGAGAACAUGCAUCAGCUUAGUUAUCUCAGUCUUUCUUUCAAUGAAUUCACUGACAUUCCAGAGGUAUUGGAGAAAUUAACUGCCGUGGAUAAACUUUGUAUGUCUGGAAACUGUAUGGAGACCCUAAGGCUACAGGCUUUGCGAAAAAUGCCUCACAUUAAACAUGUGGAUCUAAGACUGAACAUAAUUAGACAGCUAAUAGCAGAUGAAGUGGACUUUCUCCAGCAUGUCACUCAACUGGAUCUGCGUGACAAUAAGCUUAGUGAUCUAGAUGCUAUGAUUUUCAACAACAUCGAAGUUUUACACUGUGAAAGGAAUCAACUGGUGACAUUAAAUAUCUGUGGCUAUUUCCUAAAAGCACUCUAUGCCUCUUCUAAUGAACUCGUUCAACUUGAUGUUUACCCAGUUCCAAAUUAUCUGUCCUACAUGGACGUUUCAAGGAACCGCUUAGAAAACGUACCUGAAUGGAUAUGUGAAAGUCGAAAGCUAGAAGUUUUGGAUAUUGGCCAUAACCAAAUAUGUGAACUUCCUGCACGCUUAUUUUGUAAUAGUAGUCUCCGGAAACUACUGGCAGGACACAACCAGUUGACAAGGCUUCCUGAAAGGAUAGAAAGAACCUCAGUGGAGGUCUUGGAUGUGCAGCACAACCAGCUCCUGGAUCUACCACCAAACCUUCUGAUGAAGGCCGACAGCCUGAGAUUUCUGAAUGCAUCUGCGAACAAACUGGAAACCCUUCCUCCAGCCACACUUUCUGAAGAGACGAACAGCAUCUUACAGGAGUUGUAUUUGACAAAUAACAACCUCACAGAUAAAUGUGUGCCCUUGUUAACAGGACACCCCCAUCUGAAGAUCCUUCACAUGGCCUAUAACCGACUUCAAAGUUUUCCAGCAAGUAAAAUGGCAAAACUGGAGGAACUUGAAGAAAUUGAUAUCAGUGGGAAUAAACUGAAAGCCAUCCCAACAACUAUCAUGAAUUGCAGGCGCAUGCACACUGUAAUUGCUCACUCCAAUUGCAUUGAAGUCUUUCCUGAAGUUAUGCAGCUCCCAGAAAUCAAGUGCGUGGACCUGAGCUGUAAUGAGCUAAGUGAAGUCACUUUACCAGAAAACCUGCCUACAAAACUGCAAGAACUUGACCUCACUGGAAACCCCCGACUCGCCCUCGAUCACAAAACCCUGGAACUGCUGAAUAAUAUCCGCUGUUUCAAGAUUGAUCAGCCUUCGGCAGGAGAUGCAUCUGGAGCCCCAGCUGUAUGGAGCCAUGGCUACACCGAAGCUUCAGGGGUGAAAAACAAGUUGUGUGUUGCAGCCCUGUCGGUGAAUAACUUCUGUGACAACCGGGAGGCCCUGUAUGGUGUAUUUGAUGGAGACCGGAACGUGGAGGUACCCUACCUUCUCCAAUGUACUAUGAGUGACAUUUUGGCAGAAGAGCUGCAGAAAACAAAAAAUGAAGAAGAAUACAUGGUCAAUACGUUCAUUGUUAUGCAAAGGAAACUCGGAACUGCUGGGCAGAAACUUGGAGGUGCUGCUGUCCUUUGUCAUAUCAAACAUGACCCUGUGGACCCAGGAGGAUCCUUCACCUUGACCUCUGCUAAUGUGGGCAAGUGCCAAACAGUUCUCUGUCGGAAUGGGAAGCCAUUGCCUCUGUCCAGAUCGUAUGUCAUGAGCUGUGAAGAAGAACUGAAGAGAAUUAAACAGCACAAGGCCAUUAUCACUGAGGACGGCAAGGUGAAUGGGGUGACUGAGUCCACGCGCAUCCUGGGCUACACCUUCCUCCACCCCAGCGUGGUGCCUCGCCCCCACGUACAGUCUGUGCCCCUGACCCCCCAGGAUGAGUUCUUCAUCCUGGGCAGUAAGGGCUUGUGGGACAGCCUGUCCAUCGAGGAGGCUGUGGGGGCCGUGCGCAACGUGCCUGACGCCCUGGCUGCUGCCAAGAAGCUGUGCACCCUUGCCCAGAGCUACGGCUGCCAUGACAGCAUCAGCGCCGUGGUGGUGCAGCUCAGCGUCACUGAGGACAGCUUCUGCUGCUGCGAGCUCAGCGCGGGUGGGACCCUCCCGCCGCCCAGCCCGGGCAUCUUCCCUCCCUCUGUCAGCAUGGUCAUCAAGGACCGGCCCUCCGACGGGCUGGCCGUGCCAUCCUCCAGCAGCGGCAUGGCCUCUGAGAUCAGCAGUGAGCUCUCCACUUCCGAGAUGAGCAGUGAGGUGGGGUCUACAGCCUCUGAUGAGCCCCCAUCUGGAGCCCUGAAUGAGAACAGCCCCGCCUACCCCAGCGAGCAGCGCUGCAUGCUCCACCCCGUCUGCCUGUCCAACUCCUUCCAGCGCCAGCUGUCCAGCGCCACUUUCUCUAGCGCCUUCUCCGACAAUGGCCUUGACAGCGAUGACGAAGAACCAAUUGAGGGCGUCUUCACCAAUGGCAGCCGGGUAGAGGUGGAAGUCGACAUCCACUGCAGCCGGGCCAAGGAGAAGGAGAAACAGCAGCACCUGCUCCAGGUGCCAGCUGAGGCCAGCGACGAGGGGAUUGUCAUCAGCGCCAAUGAGGAUGAGCCCGGUCUGCCCAGGAAGGUGGACUUUGGUGCUGUGGGGACCAUUGGGCGCCGGAGGGCUAACGGCUCGGUGGCGCCCCAGGAAAGGAGCCACAACGUGAUAGAGGUAGCUACGGACGCGCCCCUCCGAAAGCCUGGAGGCUAUUUUGCGGCUCCGGCUCAGCCAGACCCUGACGAUCAGUUCAUCAUACCCCCAGAGCUGGAGGAGGAAGUCAAGGAGAUCAUGAAACACCACCAGCAGCAGCAGCAGCCGCCGCCCUCGCAGCUCCCCCUGCAGCAGCCGCAACGGCAGUGCCCGGCGGACCCGCUGCCAGACUACUGUGACACACCGCUAUGACCCACCCGAGCGCUAUUUAAGAAAUAAACUAACCAAGAAAGACUAGUCGCGAGAGUCUCCCAGGCUCACAUUAAACCAGGGGUUUACUCCACGCUCUUCUCCCAGACACUUUCCCGACUGUCUUUGCAGCUAGUCUGUAGGGUCUCCUCCUGUUGGUCAUUUUUUUUAAUAAUUACCACUUUUCUUCUAGUGAUGCUUUACCGAUAUGAUUUAAAUCUGUUAACUUCUUCCCCUAACAUAUCAGAUGUAUAAAGACAAAGAGCAAAAGGUUUAAUAUAUUAAGAGAAACAGUUAAUGAUAAUGUAAUAUUUUUUAAAAUGGCUUUUUGUUGUUUUGUUUGUUUGGAAGGCAAGGCAGGUUGCCAGUGCUAAGUGAUUUAAUAAUAUUGUAAUUCUGUAUUUCUUUGGGGGAAAAGCUUUUUUUUUUGUCUUGAAAAUGAUAGACAUUUGUAGAAUAUGGAGACUAACUCCUAGGAGUUGCUUUACUCUGUCAGGUGACUUAAGUCACUGGGAUUCACUAAUUUUCUCUGAGAGAACAGUUGAUUGAGAAAUUUCUAUUGUAAAUAGCUCCACGUUGUAUAGUGAUGCUUCAGAUGUUUUGUAGUUUUGGCAUAAGGACACAGCCUAACAACUGACUUUCCUCUCCCUCCCCCUCUGAGGAGCCUUCCCGCCCACACCUUCCUCAUAACCCUCCGUUAGUUCAUUAAAUGAGGAGGCUGAGCAGCUAAGAGUAUUUCUGUUCAAAUGAGGUGGACCUUAGGCCACUGGCAACGAACCUGCACCCAAGGGGCCUCUGAACCUUCCUCCUCCUCUCCUUUCCACCCCCAGCCUCUUGACUUUUGCAGACACUUUUUAAUUGUGUUCCUUACUGCUGCCACAAUCAGCAUGAUUGUAUAGAGUUCAGUUAGAUCAUUUACAUACCGAGAGUUAUAUUAAAGCAGAAUGCACAAAUGAACAUGUCAUAAUUUUUGUUAUAAUAAAUAUAAAAUUUACAAGUA